AUGGGCUUGAUGUGCACAAACUACUUUGAGAACUACAAGUAUGACAGCCCCAAGAUCCAGAUCAUAACAUGUAAAGGCUGUCUGUCACACUUGUGUCUCUCCGACCUCAUUAUUCUGGACAAGUUCAGUGGUUCUUCGGGGCCCGCUUACUUGGUGGAUCUGCUUAUCAAUUUUGAAUUUGAGUCGCAGUUCCAGGAGACUGAGAUGCUCACGGGCAUCUAUGUGGUCUCCAAAAUCAGAUGCCACCAGUGCAAGAGCAUCUUGGGCUGGUACUACAAGAAGGCGUACUCGUAUCGUGAAACAUACAAGGAAGGCAAAUUUGUCAUUGAAAAAGAGUUCAUCAAGUUUAUCGACAACAACCUGCUGACCAAUGCGCUUAUCGAGAACGCCCUUAAAAACAAAUUCAGACGUCGCUACUCU